AAGAUGGCUGCAUGCACAUCUUCACUGAGCUCCGCUUCAUCUCUGAAAGGCAUUUAACCCACCCGCCGCAAUUUUUACGCAUAUGGAGGUUUAUGAAAAAAAUGCCCGAGACUCCAGCUGCAUGUAACGCUACGGCUUUGGAGUUAUGUUCGUUCGUUUCUCCGUGAAUUGGCGUUUGUUGAGCCGCCAGUGUUCGCCUCAAUCACUCGUGAUGAAAAGCGCCUUUCGCCGCUGAAAUGGCGGCUCGCGCAUAUUUCAGCUAACCGGCUAACAUCGUUUUACUGGCAUUUUCGUGUUACAUGCUGAACUUUUCAAGCACAUAUAAAGUCCAAAUUUAUUUUAAUACACUUGCAAUCACAUAACGCAGCGGUUGGUGCAGAACCCGUGUGGUAUUCAAACAUUUUCAGAGAAGUGGACAUGGCAUCUUCAGGCACCGCGGGCUCUGUUCUGCAGCCUCGCUGGAAGAGGGUUGUCGGCUGGUCCGGUCCGGUUCCUCGCCCGAGACACGGACAUCGAGCUGUGGCUAUUAAAGAGCUGAUGGUGGUGUUCGGCGGAGGGAAUGAAGGCAUUGUGGAUGAGCUGCAUGUCUAUAACACAGCCACCAAUCAGUGGUUUAUUCCUGCUGUCCGGGGUGACAUUCCUCCUGGCUGCGCUGCGUAUGGAUUUGUUUGCGAUGGCACACGGCUGCUUGCAUUCGGGGGCAUGGUUGAAUACGGAAAGUACAGCAACGAUCUCUAUGAGCUACAGGCCAGCAGAUGGGAGUGGAAACGGUUGAAGCCCAAAGCCCCUAAGAAUGGACCACCACCUUGUCCUCGUCUGGGCCACAGCUUUUCUCUAGUUGGAAACAAAUGCUACUUGUUUGGUGGACUGGCGAAUGACAGUGAGGAUCCCAAAAACAAUAUUCCAAGGUACCUUAAUGAUCUCUACACACUCGAGCUACGCCCAGGCAGUAACGUAGCAAGCUGGGACAUCCCCAUUACAUACGGCGUGCUGCCCCCUCCUCGAGAGAGCCACACUGCUGUCAUCUACACAGAGAAAACAUCCAAAAAGUCUCGCCUCGUCAUCUACGGCGGCAUGAGUGGCUGCCGUCUUGGAGACCUCUGGACUUUAGAUAUCGAUACUUUGACCUGGAACAAACCAGCCAUAAGUGGCGUGGGGCCUCUGCCUCGCAGUUUACACUCUGCCACCACUAUAAACAACAAGAUGUUUGUGUUUGGUGGAUGGGUCCCUCUUGUUAUGGAUGAUGUCAAAGUAGCUACACAUGAGAAGGAAUGGAAGUGCACUAACACUUUGGCCUGUUUAAAUCUAGACACAAUGUCAUGGGAUACUAUCUUGAUGGACUCUCUAGAGGAUAAUAUCCCUAGGGCCAGAGCUGGACACUGCUCUGUGGGUAUUAAUAAUAGGCUGUAUGUCUGGAGUGGCAGAGAUGGUUACCGCAAAGCCUGGAACAACCAAGUGUGCUGCAAAGACCUGUGGUACCUGGAGACAGAUCGUCCUUUGCCUCCAUCACGUGUGCAACUGGUCCGUGCCAACACCAACUCUCUGGAGGUGAGCUGGGGGGCAGUGCCCACUGCAGACACAUACCUGCUACAGCUACAGAAAUAUGAUAUCCCUGCUGCGACAGCUGCCACGUCACCGACCGUCAACCCCACCCCGUCCCUACCCGUGAACUUGCCCAAGAGUCCAUUGCCUGCCGCUGCUGCUCCUGCAGCUCAGAGCAUGCCCCGUUCUGGUGUCACACUGGUGCAACAAGUUUCUUCACCCACCACUGCCAUGCCAGGCAGCCCACUAGCAGCCUCACCUCGUGGGCCAGCUAUUCUUAAAUUGGCGGUGCCUCAUUCCACACCUGGGACGUCUGUUGUUACUGUACGUCAGGCCAACCAAGGAGCUAAAUCCCCGGUCACUGUUACAUCACUUCCAGCAGGGGUCCGCAUGGUUGUCCCUGCACAUAGCACCCAGGGCACGCCAAUCGGCAGUAGCCCUCAGAUGAGUGGCAUGGCUGCUUUAGCUGCAGCUGCAGCUGCCACACAGAAGAUCCCUCCCUCUUCCACGAACACAAUGCUAAAUGUUCCAGCAGGAGCCACCCUAGUGAAGACAGUCACUAUGACUCCUGGAUCUGCUUCUAUCAAAGUAGCUUCACCGAUGAUGGUUACUAACCCUGCUACCCGAAUGCUAAAAACGGCUGCAGCACAGGUUGGCACUUCAGCCAUCUCUACUUCCAACACCCAGACUCGCCCCAUCAUCACUGUGCACAAAUCAGGCACAGUGACCGUAGCCCAGCAGGCCCAGGUCGUCACCACCAUGGUUGGAGGAGUCACCAAAACUAUAACGCUUGUCAAGAGCCCCAUCACGAUGGGUGGCAGCAGUGCUCUGAUCUCCAGUCUUGGGAAAAUGAUGUCUGUUGUUCAGACCAAACCAGUGCAAUCGUCUGCAGUGACUGGACAGGCUGGAAGCAGUCCUGUUACUUUAAUACAGACAAAGACUCCUCUGCCUGCUGGUACCAUCUUGAAGCUUGUCACAUCUGCAGAUGGCAAGCCCACCACUAUCAUUACAACUUCCCAGGCAGGAGGGACUGGCACCAAGCCCAAAAUCCUGGGCAUCAGCAGUGUCUCUCCAACCACCACCAAUAAACCAGGCACCACCAUUAUUAAAACCAUUCCUAUGUCUGCCAUUCAACAAGGAGCUACUAGUGUGACCAGCACUUCUGGUAUAAAGUCCCCUAUCACAAUUAUUACCACCAAAAUGGUUACUCCUGGCACACCAGGCAAAAUCAUAACAGCUGUGCCUAAACUGGCUACAGGAGCAGGACAACAGGGGGUCACACAGGUGGUCCUGAAGGGGGCACCAGGUCAGCCUGGCACCAUCCUGCGUACUCUUCCUAUGGGUGGAGUGCGUCUAGUUUCCCCAGGCACUGUGUCAGCUGGCAAACCAACUGUUACCACAUUAGUCGUCAAGGGUACCACAGGAGUCACAACUCUGGGCACAGUAACUGGUACUGUAACCAGCAGUGUGGCAGGGGGCAAUGUGGCAAGUGUUAACGCCAGCCUGGCAACACCUGUCACCAAUCUUGCCACCAUUGCUACGUUGGCCAGUCAGGUGAUUAAUCCAUCAGCCAUCUCUGUAUCUGCUGCCCAGACCAACCUUGCCACUGCCACAAUACAGUCGGCAGCCCAGCCUACUCAAGUAACUCUGAUCACCACUCCCAGUGGUGCUGAGGACCAACCUGCACAGGACUUGCCUGUCUCCAUCAUGGCAUCUCCCACAUCUGAGCAGCCCUCUUCCACUGGUGCUGAUGCUGGAGAUAGUGCAGGCAACAGUGCUGGUACUGUGACGUUGGUCUGCUCCAACCCUCCAUGUGAAACUCAUGAGACUGGAACAACCAACACCGCUACAACAGCUUCUGCUAAAAUGGGCACUGAACAGAUCUGUUCCAACCCUCCAUGUGAAACUCAUGAGACUGGAACAACCAACACAGCUACAACAGCUGCUGCUCAACUGGGCAACGGACAGAUCUGCUCCAACCCACCAUGUGAGACACACGUAACGGGCACCACCAACACCUCUACGACUGCCUCUGCCAAUAUGGGCAGGGCACAACAGGUGUGCACCAACCCACCUUCAGAAACCCAUGACACAGGCACCACUAACACCGCCACCACUGCCAGCUGCAACAUGGGCUCUAAAGAGAUGGGCAAGUCAGUGAACAGCAAGACAGAGUCAUCUACUUCAUCGUCGGCUUCCGGGUCAGAACCAGCCACACCUGUCGAAGAAAACAGUGGCCCUUCUGGUUCCAUGCGGCCAGAGAAUCCCCGUACGGGGACCACCAACACCUCCACCACAGCCCGCUCCAACAUGGGCUCUGAUCAGACAGGAACCGUGCAGAGCUCUAGCAAAAGCCAAGCUGCAAUCUCCUCCACAAUGACAGCCGUUUGCACCAAUCGUUCCUGUGAGACGGACAAGACGGUUACCACAGAAUCAUCCACUGUGUCUGGUGUUGAAGACGUCCAACAGGUCUGCUCGAAACCUCAGUGUGAAACACAUGAAACGGACACGACCAAUACUGCUAAGCAAUCGACCUCCAGUUUGGAAAGUGGGCAGAGCAAAGUUGUGCAGAAGGUGUGUUCAAACCCACACUGUGAAACCCACGAAACGGGCACUACCAACACGCCAACACAAGCGUCAUCUACUAUUGGAGCAGAACAGAAUAGCAGUGUACAAAGGGUGUGUUCCAACCGCCCCUGUGAAACUCACGAAAUGGGCACUACCAACAUGCCAACACAAGCGUCAUCUACUAUUGGAGCAGAACAGAAUAGCAGUGUACAAAGGGUGUGUUCCAACCCACCACGUGAAACCCAUGAAACAGGCACUACCAAUACUGCAACUCAGGCGUCAUCUACUAUUGGAGCGGAACAGAAUAGCAGUGUACAAAGGGUGUGUUCCAACCCGCCCUGUGAAACCCACGAAACGGGCACUACCAACACGCCAACACAGGCAUCGUCUACUAUUGGAACGGGUCAGAAUGACGGUGUACAAAGGGUGUGUUCAAACCCACCCUGUGAAACCCACGAAACGGGCACUACCAACACGCCAACACAGGUGUCAUCAACUAUUGGUACAGGGCAGAAUGGCACUGUGCAGAGGGUGUGCUCCAAUCCACCCUGUGAAACUCAUGAAACGGGCACUACCAAUACAUCUACAACUGCGACUAGCAGCUUAGAGACUGGAGAAGGAACAGCUCAGCAGGGUGCUGAUGGACAGGAUGACAGUGGCAACAGCUCAGAACCCACAUCCUCAACAGAACCAGCCAAUCCCACAGCACAAAGUAGAGCCAUCACCACGGUGACACAGGCCACGGCCACUCCAGGACCAUCAGUACCGGAGAUCUCGUCCAUGGCUGGCUCUGCAGUGUUGGGAGAACUACCGGGAGAGGCAGAAGCCAUGGAGCAGUCCAGCACUGAGGCUGUAGCAGCUGCAGAAGAGCCCAUGCAGACAGAGUGUCAGGGAGAACUGGGCGAAGUGGGAGCCGUUAGGGUGGUUGCCAUAGAUGAAGGUACAGCGGGUGAUGGGAGCACUGUGCUACAGGUUCAUGUUGCCAUGGAAGCGCAACCCAGCCAAGGAGAUCAGGCUGAGCAGAUGGAGGCAGCAGAGGCAAUGAGUCUUGCCGCUCAGGACUCUGAGGCUCUCGCUCUGCCUCAGGAGCUCAUGUCUGCAGAAGGACAGCAGACAACUCUCAUGGUGACUGGACUGACCCCAGAGGAGCUGGCAGUGACUGCAGCAGCUGAGGCUGCUGCACAAGCUGCGGCUGCAGAAGAAGCUCAAGCCCUUGCCAUCCAGGCUGUGCUACAAGCAGCUCAACAGGCUGUACUCCGUGAAGGGGGCGCAGGUCAGGCCGGGCAGCAGUCCACCACCAUCCCAAUAGUUUUGACCCAGCAGGAGCUUGCUGCUUUAGUUCAGCAGCAGCAUCAGCUGCAGGAGGCACAGGCAGCUGCAGCAGCAGCAGCUGCAGCCCAGCAGUUGAGCGCUGAAGCGGCUGCAGCCGCAGCUGCACUGCCCACAGAGGGCUUGGCACCAGCAGACAGCCUCAACGAUCCAGCAUCUGAGAGCAAUGGCCAUGAGAUGGCAACUGCUGUUCCGGUUACAGUGGCACGUCUACUUCCUCGCACUUCUGCUGAGACUUUGGCCCCAUCAAGUACUUUUGCUCCAUCUCAGCCAAUGGUAGUCGCCAGCCACCCUGCCAAGAUGCAAGCUGCCACCACUCUCACAGAUGUGACCAAUGGGAUAGAGUCUGCAGCUGGGAAGCAAGAUGCACCUCCAGCUGUUGUGAAGCCUCCAGUGAAGAAAGAGAAUCAGUGGUUCGAUGUUGGAAUCGUCAAGGUGACAAACAUGGUUGUCACUCAUUAUUAUGUGCCGGCAGAUGAUUCACCCGUUACUGAUGAUGAUUCUGGCACCAUACCAGACUACAGCCAGAUGAAGAAAAUAGAGCUGUCUCCUGGCACUGCGUACAAAUUCCGCGUUUCUGGUAUCAAUGCGUGUGGCCGUGGAACGUUCUCUGAGGUCUCUGCAUUUAAGACCUGCUUACCUGGCUUCCCUGGAGCACCGUGUGCCAUUAAAAUAAGCAAGAGUCUUGAUGGUGCCCACCUGACCUGGGAGCCUCCUUCAGUGACGUCAGGGAAGAUCAUCGAGUACUCUGUGUAUCUGGCCAUCCAAAGCUCACAGACAGUCGAGGCGAAAGCAUCCGCUCCGGCACAGCUCGCCUUCAUGCGGGUGUACUGUGGGCCCAGCCCGUCCUGCCUGGUGCAGUCAUCUAGUCUCUCCAACGCCCACAUCGACUACACCACUAAACCUGCCAUCAUCUUCCGCAUCGCCGCCCGCAAUGAGAAGGGCUAUGGCCCUGCCACACAAGUCAGGUGGCUACAAGAAACAAGUAAAGAUGGCUCUGCAGCCAAACCAGUAGCAAAGAGACCGGUCUCAUCCCCUGAUAUGAAAGGCACUGGUCCAAAGAAGGCUAGAUCUGACCAGUGAGAGCUCAUCAUGACCCCCUGAACCUUGACUGAACUUCACUUCCUGGUGAAUGGCCUUCCUGCUUCCACUUCUCACCCCAUUCCAACCUCAACAACCAGAAAUGGCAGCCAAAAAUAAGAGAACGUUUAAAAAAAAAAAAGGAACAGAGAAUCAAUUUUUGAAAAGACAGCACCCAUCAGUGGACAUUUCGGUGCCAUGGACGCCUUAUUUCAAACUGUAUUUUUUAUAAAACCAUUCGCGUUGUCCUCCCUCGAAGUAUAAAGCACAUAUCUUUGCUUUUCCUGAUGACUUAUUGUGUAAAAAGAUUCCAGCAGCAGCGUUCAGUCUAGUUAACUUUAUUAUCAGAUAUUCAUUGUUUUCCUCCCUCAAUAUUCAUUUAUUUUUAAACUUAUUUCAAUACAAGCAAUAGAAAACAACGAAAAAAAUUCCUAUAAUGUUUUCAUUAUUUGGGCAAGUCUGUAUAUUUAAAAGAUGAUGGAAGAGACACAAAUGAAUGCGGACAAUGCAGCGUCACCGGGAGAUACAGCAAAAUAUAUAAUAAAGAAAACCAACAGCACUUGGUGAUGCUUUUGAGGGGAAAAAUACUGUAAUUAUUCAUUCACUGCAAGUCCGUAGCCUGUCUUUCAUCACUGUGUUCAUAUAUUUGCGUUGAUGGACAGAAACAAGGACCGUAAUGCUGAAGACAAAAGACUUUAAGCAAUGUGAUGAAUGGCAUACUAUUGCAUUGCAUCAACUAGAUCUUGUAUAAAGCCGAAAAAUAGUAAAUGGUAAUACAGGAGUUCAUUGUGUGUGUGGUUUAUUUUUGUAAUAUUGUCUUCUUUUUUUUCUCUCUCUCUCUCUCUCUCUCUCCAAGAUAAAUGUCUUUCCUUUAAAAAAAAUCUAACAUGUUAACCGCUCGUUCCUUGUCUCCAUACUCCAAUCAUUCAUAAAUGAUUUACACUUAUUUUGGGAAUUGAAGUGUAAAAUCUAUGUAUUUCUUCCAAAAAAUGGCCCACGUUAAACCCCCCUUUUUUUGUUGCAUUCAUUUGUUUGCCAUUUAUUAGAGCCUGCUGUAGAAAAAUAAAUGCUUUUAUUUAAAAGGUUUCCCCUGUUAUCCUUUCACUAGUCUGUAGUUUCUGUACAUUUACUUUCUGAAGCUUCUUUUUAUAUGCUUGAUUUUGUGAGUUGCUAGAGACAAAAUAAGAUUGUUAAAAUGUGCAGCAAAAGUUGGAACCAUCUUUAUAAUCUGCAGACUGCUGUGGUCUUGUUUAGGGAUGUAGACCUGUGUAAAUGCUAAAAUGGUGGAAUUGUAGGAAAGGUUUGACCGGUAUGUUUUUUUUUUUUUUUUUUUUAUGGAACUUGGAAACAGUUAUUCCUGUUUUCAGCAGUUAGAAAGCGUUUAAGACGGAUUGUUGGCUUAGCCAGAGUUUGAACUCGGUUGUAAAUUAGUUCUUUCACAUAGUAAAAUGAAAAACUCUUUGCCUUUUUUUUUUUUAUAUAAUUAUCUGUAACAAAAUGUUUUUACAUGUUGUCAUCUAUUGAUUGCUUGUGUCUUGACAUAUAAAAGUAAUUUA